GUUUAAAUCAAUUUAUGCAAUUUAUAAAAAAAAAUAACAAUAAAAUUUGGAAAACUUAUUACCUAACUCUUCUUCCCAUCUGCUUCAUCAUUUUUGUUCCCCUCGAGAGAUAGAGAUAGAGAGAUUCGAGAGACUAGAAGAUGAGUUUCCAAGAUCUCGAAGCUGGCUCUCGUUUUCCGGCGGCUAAUCGUUUUUCCGGCGGGAGGCAGCAGAAACCUUCGUCUCGUGGGGAUCCGUCUCAGGAGGUAGCCGCCGGGAUUUUCAGGAUCAGCACGGCCGUCAAUUCCUUCUUCCGCCUCGUUAAUUCGAUCGGAACGCCCAAGGAUACUCUUGAAUUGCGAGAAAAGCUGCAAAAGACAAGGCUACAGAUAUCAGAAUUGGUGAAGAAUACUUCAGUCAAACUUAAGGAAGCUAGCGAAGCCGACCUCCAUGGAUCAGCUAGUCCGAUUAAGAAGAUUGCGGAUGCUAAACUAGCCAAAGAUUUCCAAUCAGUUCUCAAAGAGUUUCAGAAAGCUCAGAGACUUGCAGCCGAAAGAGAAAUAACAUAUACUCCUGUGGUUACAAAAGAAAUACCUACCAGCUAUAAUGCACAAGAACUAGAUACUGAAUCUAUAAGGAACUCCCAGCAGCAAACUCUUCUUCUACAAUCAAGAAGGCAGGAAGUGGUGUUUUUAGAUAACGAAAUAACAUUCAAUGAAGCAAUUAUUGAGGAAAGAGAGCAAGGGAUUAGAGAAAUUCAAGAACAGAUUGGCGAAGUAAAUGAAAUCUUCAAAGAUCUAGCGGUUUUGGUGAACGAUCAAGGAAUUAUGAUCGAUGAUAUCAGCUCUAACAUUGAUAACUCACAUGCUGCAACUGUACAAGCCACUGCUCAACUGAGAAAAGCAUCUAAAACUCAAAGAGCAAACUCAUCUUUGACAUGCCUACUUAUUCUCAUUUUUGGGAUUGUGCUACUCAUUGUCAUCAUCGUUGUCUUGGUGUAAGCAUGAAGCCAUGAAGCACCAAACUCCAAGCUUCAACCUUCAAGCAUCAAGCAAAAGACAAAUCUAUGAAACUAAUACAAAGACCCAUUGAAGAAGUAUAUCUAUUGUACAGAUUAUUUAUACCCCAUCGUUCUUCCCAUUAAAUAGAAUUGAAUCUUGACUUCUCAUCGUGUGAAUGCUUUAUGUAUUAAACCCAUUUAAAGAUCUUUAUAAGCAAUAAAAUAUGAACAUGUUUGUUUAGUAAACAUAUGAAACGCCGUUUUUUU